AAGCAUCUACCCUGCUCCUCCAGCAGUAAAUUCUCCUCCUUCCUUUGCGCUGCUGCAGUGACUCAUCAGCAUCCUGAGGGGGAAAUAGUGAUAGGUUUUUUCUUCUUUGCUGGCAGGAAUAUGAUUUUAAGGCUGGUGGUUUCUUCCUUCUCAGUUUAGAGUUUACUUGAGGCUACUUUAUUUUAAUAUAUUUUUUACUAUUCUCUCUACUGGAAUCUUUCUUCCCAGGGCUGCAAUCCCCCAUUACACCCAGACACACCACGUGUACUGCAUUUUACCUUUAUUUUUUCUGUCAUUUCCACUGCUUUCUGUCACCUGCCAAAGCCUCAGUGAUGGAUUCCUGGUGAGAUGAUGACACCCCUGGGGCCAUCCCGAGCUCUGUCAGCACUUCCUGCUCCUUCAGGAAGGAUUUGGGAUUUACCCCAGGGACACUGCUGUCCCUCACACCAAACUGUGCAAACACAGUUGCCAUCCCCUUUUUCUGGCUGGUUGCUGUGCCAGGCAGACGAGAUAAACCCCAACAAAGCCGCCAGGGCAGAUCCAGAUGAGUCCUGGGGACAAAGUCCUGCAGCCUUUGGCUGCUCACCAAUCAAGGUGAUGCAGCAUUUCCAUUCUGAUGGACCCUCCAUCACCUCACACCAGGUGUAACUUCCUGAAAGCUCUAACACCAAAGUCCUUUCCAGCAGGGAGAAGUCUCCAGGGGGGAGUUCAGACCCUGCUGCUCUGACCACAGGGUUCCCUUCCUUGUCUAUCCAAUGUUUUAUGAAGGGAAGAUGGACAGCAAGAAGACACUUUCUUUUUCUGGUUUAAGCUCUUUCAGUUUCAUUUCAUCCUAGAUAAGUGGUUUCAUCUGACCCCACCCAGGAGAGAGCUUUCCUAUUUAAGGCUCAGUCUGUCUUUAAGGUUACAGACUGUCCUCCCCAGGGUCUGAUGCCACAUGAAAGAGGUGCAGCCAAGCCAUUGUCCCUCGACAGUGACGUGAUGUCCGCAGCAGAAAUGAGCAGGGAGCAGCUGAAGGAGAAGCUGGACGCCCUCCAGUGUCACUUCACCUGGGAGCUGGACAUUGACUCUCUCAGUCCUCAGCACGUCCUGCAGAAGUUGGAUGUCGAGAUCAAGCACACGGCCCACCAGAACCAGGUGGCUCUCCUGGGGCUCCAGGCAUUCCUGCACCAGCUGGACAACCAGAGCACAGCAGCUCUGCAAAGCCUCCGAGCUGCUGAGGAGCGCAACAGCGAGGAGGAGGAGCCGGCAUCCACUGCCGGCUCUUUGGUCAUCUACGGGAAUUAUGCUUGGAUUCAUUACCUUCAGGGCUCCUAUCAGGAGGCUGAAACCUGCCUGCAACGAGCUCAGCAGCUCUGCCCAACCCCCUGGGACGUGCGGCUGCUCCCGCACAUCCAGGCACACAAAGGCUGGUCCCUCCUGGUCAUCAGAGCCCGCAACGGGCAGCGGGCAAGAGAGUGCUUCGAGGUGGCCUUGAUGCUCGAACCAGAGAACAGAUCUUUCCGUACUGGGCUUGGAAUGGCUCUUUAUUCCUCCUGGAAUUUCUUCUGGCAACCUGAUAUGGCAAGCAAAGCCAUAGCCCCGUUGGAAGCAAUUGUCAACGAGCAGCCAAAUAACUACAGAGCCAAAAUAUAUUUGGCCAGGCUACUUGGACAAGGAGAUAGGGAAAAAUCAAUUGGCUUGGCUGAAGAAUGUGCAGAGGGAAGCUCUGACCCCGAGGUCCUCAGACUAUCGGUUUUUCUCAGGAUGUCACAGUCGACAGAGCGAGCGCUCGAGAUCGCGCAGCGAGCCGUGCAGCAGAACUCGGGUUACCACCUUCUCUACCAGGCCUUGGCCCAGUGCUACAAACAACAGUGGCUUAAAGCAAACCAGGAGGACAAGAAUAAUAUACUGGAUGCAGCCAUCAGACACCUCCAGCAAAUUGUUGAGGCGCAUCCAGACCGUGACCUUACAAUUGUCAGGCUGCAGCUGGCGGAGCUCAUUGGUGCGAGGGAUCCAGCACAGGAAGAAGCGAUCUACAAGGAGCUGCAGGAGAAAAUCCAGACCCUGAGCCUCAGGUACCGUCAAGCCUUGAAUCGUGCCUGGGGAAAGUUCUUCCUCUACCGGGGGAGAUCGCUGGGAAAGGCAAGAGCCAAGUUCAUGGCUGCUUACAGCAUUCCUGUGCAGACAGACCAGAGGAAGGACUGUGGGCGCAGGCUGAGGAGGAUGGCUCAGACCUACCAGCGCAACGGUGACCCCGACGCUGCCAACGACAUCCACCGCUUCCUCCAAGAGGCCGACCGGCACCUGUACGGGGACCCUGCUGCGCUCAGUUUGGAUGAUGAGGAUGAUCCCAUCCCAGAGAGAGCAGAGAAUGACUUUUCCCAAGGCUAGAAGGGCAAAAGGAACUGUCUGGCUCUGCACAGCAGUGCCAUCCCUCACAUGGUGAUUCUGCUGGCUCCUCACGUCGCCCCAUUGCUCAGCCAUCAAAUCCAGGCCCACCCGUGGGUAGCCAAGUGCCCAAACCUCAGCCACGCUGCUGUGUCCUGCUUCUCCCCCAGGGAAUGAAAACAAGAGUGAAGAAUUUGGCUUACGGGGUCUGAGCACAAUCUUCAGCAGGUGUGGACCCGUGUCUCUCCCUUGGAACUGCCACUGAUCAGAACUGAAUGCUGAUUAGGGCAAUGUGAGAAAUCAACUCGUUAAUUAGAAGAAUUCCACCAUUAGCAACAAACCAGGAGGUGGAUUCCUCCUCGAGAUCGGUGAGGAGCCGUGAUGAGAGUGAAGUCCUUCAGGACAGGACACAGACAGCCCCUGCUCUGUCCAAAUGCAUUUAACUCUGCUGAUUAAGGAGCCACAGAGGUGAUUUUAUCUACACUAAUCCGCAGAAGCACACGCACGCCUGCCCCUGCCUGGAUGUAAACCAGGAGCUUUCUUGUACUGGUUCCCACCAGGAAUGACAUUUUCAUCCCUGUUUCUGGAGCCAAACUGUGGCUUUUAAUAUUCUUUGAUCAAUAAAUAUUUCUCUGUGUAAUUUA